CAAAGAACCGAUCAUGAGAGGGACUCUUUAUGAAUUAGCAGAAGACAUCCAUAGCCCAGUGCAAUUCAUACCCAGGGGGAAUUUCCAGUCUAUUCAAAUUAUAUCUGAUAGAGUAUAGGUGUCAAAUAUCGAUCAGGAAUGCAAUCGUAUUGCAUCCUUACACGGGCCAAUCAGUUGCCAGACAUUGAUUCAAUGGCCACUUGCAAGCCUUUGUCAUCUGGGCAGGAAAGUGCCCUAUCCAGCAGCAGCAGCAGAGGAGAAACCGAUGAUUUGGAACUUGCUGAACUAGGUCCUCUCCUGGAAGCUAGAAGAGAAAGAAUUGGGCAGACCUCUUCCUCUGGAGAUGAGAAUCAGGCAAGUAAAGUGUCUCCGGAAGAGGAGGAAGAGGAAGAAGUGAGGGUUUUAACAUUGCCUCUUCAAGCCCAUCAUGCUAUGGAGAAGAUGGAAGAAUUUGUGUACAAGGUGUGGGAAGGCCGCUGGAGGGUCAUUCCAUAUGAUGUGCUCCCUGAUUGGCUGAAAGAUAAUGACUACCUUUUACAUGGACAUCGUCCUCCAAUGCCAUCUUUCAGAGCGUGUUUCAGGAGUAUUUUCCGUAUACACACGGAGACUGGAAACAUAUGGACUCAUUUGCUAGGUUUUGUACUUUUUCUUUCUCUCGGCGUUCUAACUAUGCUCCGCCCCAACAUGUACUUCAUGGCUCCUUUGCAAGAGAAGGUUGUAUUUGGAAUGUUCUUUCUAGGUGCUGUAUUGUGCCUCAGCUUCUCCUGGCUUUUUCACACAGUAUAUUGCCACUCUGAGAAAGUAUCUCGCACCUUCUCAAAGUUGGAUUAUUCAGGGAUUGCUCUGCUAAUCAUGGGAAGCUUUGUGCCAUGGCUCUAUUACUCCUUCUACUGCUCUCCACAGCCACGUCUCAUAUAUUUGUCUAUAGUCUGUGUUCUGGGUAUUACUGCAAUAGUUGUAGCACAGUGGGACCGUUUUGCGACACCUAAGCACAGGCCAACAAGAGCAGGUGUGUUCCUAGGGCUUGGCCUCAGUGGCAUUGUGCCAACCCUUCAUUUCACAAUUGCAGAAGGCUUUGUGAAGGCAACAACAGUGGGACAGAUGGGCUGGUUCUUUCUUAUGGCUGUCAUGUAUAUAACAGGAGCAGGGCUUUAUGCAGCACGAAUUCCUGAGCGUUUCUUUCCAGGCAAAUUUGACAUCUGGUUCCAGUCCCACCAAAUAUUCCACGUCUUGGUGGUGGCAGCAGCAUUUAUACAUUUCUAUGGCAUUUCCAACCUUCAAGAAUUUCGAUAUGCAUUAGAGGGUGGUUGCACAGAUGAUUCACUUUUGUAAACAGCAGUAACAGAUUAAGACUUACUACAUCUGGUGACCUACAAUGGUUGUGCAAAAAGUGAGCAAGACUGAUCCACUAGCCACCCUUUUCUAGAUCAAUAUAUAGUAUGUUCUUAAAGAUCAUUGUCUCUGCUAACUCCUUGUUUACAGUAGGAAGGUGCCUAAUGUAACUAAGAAAAGAGGAGGAAAAAGAGCUGGGAUUUUUUGUACAUACUUGAAAUACCUCCUGGGACAAAAGAGAUGCCAUAAGCACUAGUUGUAUAUUUUGGUCUUUGAUCAAAAAAUUACAAAAUGUAAAUUCCAGAAAUGUAAGCUGAACAACCCUUGGGAGUCAUAUUUGAAUGGAACAUAACCUUCAAUGAGGUGCUUGACAUACACAUUACCCGUUAUAAAAAUCAGAGGCUUUACACAAGUCACCAACUUGAUCAGAUCUACACAUUCCUCAGAAUAGAACCUUUGGUAUGUUACUGCUACUGCUGCUGUUCUGGAAUAAAUCAUUUUUCUCUCCCAAGGUUAGAAGGUUUCAGAAUUCGGAAUAUUCAUUUGGUGUUUAGGGUAAAGUCUCUUGUGGAUGUAUAUAGGGUAAAACUCUACCAUAAAAUGUGAUGCCUUAGUUAUUAAUUAAAGUGACUUAAUGGCUUCUUAUGGUAUACAGUAAUCUGCCUAAACCAAGAUGUUAUUAGCAUUAACAACUUUAUAACAAGGGUUUAUUAUUUCUUUUUACUUUUAUUAGUAUUUUUUGCAGAUUCAGUUAUGGUUCCAUUUUUUCUAAUAUGAGACACAUCACAUAUUACAGAGGAUUCCUUAUAUAAGCAGCUAUAUAUUGGGCUUUCAGGUGUACAGCUUUCUUGGACAUGCUCUCUGAAAAGUAUAGUUGGGUUGUAUAUUAAUAAGGAGUAUCUAAGCAUAUGGAGUAAACAUCUUGCACUUUAUAAUAAGUAUUUUUGUACAUUGAUAAAUAUAUACAAAUUUGGUCUGAACACUGAUGCUGAACCAACACAAUUCUUACCAAACCUGUGUUCUCUGAUGGAAAUCCUUUUCUGUAGCUAUACAGAGUUUUUCAAUAAACACCAUAUCCCACCAGUGAACAGUGUGUGACUCGACACUGCAAAUUUCUGUUCUCUUACAGUGAAAAUGGUCAUAUUUUGUAUCAUCAAGUAUCUUGGUGACUCAGUUUAUUUAAAAAUAUAUAGUAUACUAACAGACACCGUGCUGCUCCAUGCGAAGAUAAAUAUUAAGUCUCCGUGAUCCCUAAACUGCUUCUGAUUUUUGUUUUAUAUAAUUUACUGUUUAAAGCAAGGUAAAUGGCCGAUACCUGAUUUUCUGUUACAGUGUAUUAUUUGAAAAAAAAAAAAUUCAGUGUGUGAAAACCUCAUUCAACAAAACAAUUCCAAACAAUGACCAUGGAAGUUGGUCAGUGGUCAAAAACUGCUUAAAUUCAUUUAAGGUAUUAUAGGAUGACUAUCUACAGCUUUAUUGCUCACAGUUAAAGAUCUGUUACAUUAUGACCGUUAAUAUAUGUAUAAGAUUUUUUUUAUCGCAGGGUAUUGCCUUUAAUAUCACAUAGAGCCAUUUCAUCCAGUAUUGUGGGUUCAGACCACACAUAUCAGAGCUGCUUUAAUAAAUGGGCAAAAAACUGGAGGGCCCACUAUUAGCUUUGUAACUCAUUUGUAAAAAUGAAUGAAGCAUUGGCAGGCCAUUUAUUUUAAAAUUCUGGACCAAAUCAAGAUGCUCCAAUCGUUGGCCCUAGGGCCAGUGAUCAGUUCAUAAUAGGCUCUUGUGUAGGCUAGUCAGGAGAUGACUACAUCACGUGCCAACCCAUUUUCAAACACUUGCAUGGACAGAUAAACUGGCGAUUCAGUCCACAGGGGCUAAAUCAACUCUUUAAUUCUGCCCCUGUAUGGCCAGCUUCACUUCAUAUAAGAGUAACUUGAACCAGUUUUGUAUUACAUGCAGAAUUCUCUUUUCCUAUGCUUGUAGCUACUAUAAGUAUGAUACAUGUGUACCAUUGAUAAUGCUGUUUAAUAAGUUUGGGUUAUAAAAAAUGACCCACUUUUUUAUUGCAUUACAACUGUUCUUGCAAAAUUACAUUUGUACUACCCUUGAGAAAAAAAAUCUUAUUUGCAGCCUGGUCAUUCCUCCAUUUUGCAAUGCCAACCUCAUUCUAUUCACUUUUAUUCUUAACUUUUAAUUUAGAUUAACAAAUGUUGUAAGAAGUUUUCCGGCUACGAAAUUGGACCAGAAUUGACAGAUUUACAGAAACCAAUAAACGUUUAGUAUGAGCA